UUCCCUGCCAUCAUGACAGGCCACCACCGAUACAGGUUAGUCCAGCGUUUUUUAUUAUAAGUUUGGUUGUAAACCUUGCUUUAUCUCUGCCAUUGACACCAGGGGCCAUCGGGCGCACUCGUUUAUGCCGGUUGACAUCAACGAACUCGUGGAGCUGCGAGCACGGCACAGGACGUUCGACGGCGCGUAUCGUCGGACAGCCCUCGCAAACCUUGGUUAUUCGUUGACAGUCCUCCGUCUCUUUGAUGUAAGAUUUUACAGAACGCAGAUCUUAUCUGUACAAUGAACCCAUUUCUCAUGUCCAUUUCCAGUCGGCCUUCUUUACUUGGUCCUCUCUGGUGUGCUUUUCAUCAUGGCCUAUCUCCGAGCUCGUCAUUCUCGGCAUGACUUUGCCGACCAGAACGCAGAGGCAGCCUUUUACGAACGCGCGCUUCCGAC